AUGAACACUAAUACACAACCCACUAACCAGCAACCGCAGCAUUCUAAUUGCUCUAUCCUGCGAAAUCAAUCCCCCGGGACAGCGUUAAUGCUCCUAAAACUUAGAAGAGCUUACUUAGACAAAGGCUGGAUAGACCUUUUUGUAUAUAACGCGUAUAACAGGGCUGGCAGCAAUACCCUGGCCUAG